AUGGCAGCAAAGGGCUUUACAGGUGCCCCCUUCGGCACUCAGACAGUCAGAUUUGAUGUGUCAGCAGUUUAUCCAAAGUGUAAGAAACCUGGUACAUACACACAGGCGCCCUACUGCAAAAAGGUCUCUUCAGAGUUGGGCAGAAAGUUAGGCCCAGGCACCUACAAUAUUGACCAUGGAAGCUUUAGCUCCUCUGUGCUGCAGGAGAAGGCUUCAAAUUCUGGCUGGGGCAAGGCACAGGAAGCGGCACGACUUACCCAGAUGCCCCAUUUUAAUUUUAAGGAGACCUUGAAGAAAAGCAAGUAUCUGAAAGAAAAACUGGGCCCAGGAACUUACAAUAUCAAAGAUUUUCUGCAAGAGACCCGACCUUCAAGUAUUAGAGGUGUUUGUGACACUGGAGAAGAGAGGUUUAGAGCCUUCAUUAGGGAUUGCCACCCUGGCCCUGGGACUUAUGGCAAGAAUGGAAACCCUUAUGCCCUGAUUGAGGAGAAGGAGAGACGCUCGGCAAACUCUCAAGGGAUAAUGGACAGCAAAACCGAAAAAUCUGUCUUACCUACUGCUGGAAGUGGUUUGGGGCCAGGCACCUACAAUCUCAAAAACAGCACAGACGAGGUGUUGAAACGUGUGGUCAGUAAUCGCGGCCCAUAUGACACCUUCACAGGAGACAGGUCAAAGCCUAUUAUCUGCGGACAUUACGCUGUGGAAAAGAAAUGCAUUGAGCUCGGCACCAGCAAUGUCAAGAGCUUUGUGGAGGAGCUGGACACCAAGGACAGAAAGAAAAAAGGUGUUUUCAGCACCCUCGCUCGGAACCCCGGCUGCCCCACGGAGCGGAUCUUCUGGGCCACACUCAGCCAGUGUCCACGUGCCACGUAUGCUGUAGGGCCAGGCUCACAUGAUCCAAAACCCGUGGAGCGAUCAGAAUACUUCAAUCAACCUCCAUUUUGGUCAUCUGCAAAAAGAGUUGACAGGAAAGCAUACCGCCUCUUUAUUGGAAACACGAACCCAGUUGGUGUUGGUCGCUAUGACAUCACAAAACAAGAAAAGUGCAAGUGGAAUACUAGAUACCGGUCACUUUACCAGUGUGAAACACACCGUUAUCUGAGUAACCUGGAGCGGGAUGCAUACUUACUGUAA